GAAAAAAAAUCGUUCAGUUGCUCUGAGUGUGGUAAAAGAUUUAACCAAAGGGGCAAUCUAAAUACACAUAUGAGGAUUCAUACAGGAGAGAAACCGUAUAUCUGCUCUGAGUGUGGUAAUGGAUUUAACCAAAGGGGCAAUCUAAAUACACAUAUGAGGAUUCAUACAGGAGAGAAAGCGUUUAGUUGCUCUGAGUGUGGUAACAGAUUUAACGAAAGGGGCAAUCUAAAUACACAUAUGAGGAUUCAUACAGGAGAGAAACCGUAUAUCUGCUCUGAGUGUGGUAAUGGAUUUAACCAAAGGGGCAGUCUAAAUACACAUAUGAGGAUUCAUACAGGAGAGAAAGCGUUUAGUUGCUCUGAGUGUGGUAAAAGAUUUAACAAAAGGGGCAGUCUAAAUACACACAUGAGGAUUCAUACAGGAGAGAAACCGUAUAUUUGCUCUGAGUGUGGUAAAAGAUUUAACGAAAGGGGCAAUCUAGAUACACAUAUGAGGAUUCAUACAGGAGAGAAACCGUACAUCUGCUCUGAGUGUGGUAAUGGAUUUAACCAAAGGGGCAGUCUAAAUACACAUAUGAGGAUUCAUACAGGAGAGAAAGCGUUUAGUUGCUCUGAGUGUGGUAAAAGAUUUAACGAAAGGGGCAAUCUAGAUACACAUAUGAGGAUUCAUACAGGAGAGAAACCGUAUAUCUGCUCUGAGUGUGGUAAUGGAUUUAACCAAAGGGGCCAUCUAAAUAGACAUAUGAGGAUUCAUACAAGAGAGAAAGCGUUUAGUGGAUCCGAGUGUGGUGAAAGAUUUAAGAUUCAGUCCUCUUGUACAAGACGUGAGGAUUCAUAAAGAAGAGAAGUGAUUCAGUUGCAACCAAGAUUUUGUAGGAUUUAUCAGCAGAUAUUCAUAGUAUACAUAUUC